ACAACAACAACAAAAACAACAACGGCAGCAACAACAUAAACAGCAUAAUUCUUUAAAAACUACACGACGAACAAAAGUACAAAAUUAGUUAGAUCCCGGAAAUUUCCCCAACAGAUGACGCUCAAGCAUCCGCGCCAGCCAUUCACCCUUAAAGGCAUUGUAAAGAAAUUCGUACAAUUUGCAUAGACUGCGAAGCAAACAAACGACUCAACCAAAAUUCCGUAGCGGGCACACACUUUUGGCAACGACUGUGACUGCGACUGCGACCGUUUUGGGGCGAUGCGUUGUCGUCGCCACGCGAAAAUUUCAUUAAUGUCGUGCUGCCGCGGCUGCUCGGACGAUGUCACCAUCGAAGAUAUUUCCGAAACCCCGGAGGUCAGCUCCACCACCACCACUGCCCAACAGGAACCUCUAUUGUCCACGGCAAACGAGGAGUACGAUCCCAAUACGCCCAUACCCCGUCCACCGCUCGCCGAACUUACUACUCGUCCACCAACACCCGUCGAUGAAAGUGAAAUGGCUGCCGCUAGCAAGGAAGUGAAUCCCGAAAAAACAGUCCCUACAGCAUCCUCCAGCAGCGAUAGCAUCUUCUCCGUCAUCUAUACGGUUUUCAAGAAGGUCGCCAUUGUCGGUUCCAUUUACUUGGUUGGCUAUAUGGGCUGGAGUGUUGCGUGGCUAAUCGCGCCGGUUAUAUUGUCAGUGGCACGCGAUGAAUUGCGCAAAACCACGGAGCAUAAGCGCAGCAUUGCCAAAGCUUCGGCCAUGGCCUCUGAAAAGGAUGUCAUACUGGCGCGCAUCGAUGAGUUGCCAGCUUGGGUCUACUUCCCUGAUGUGGAACGUUGUGAAUGGGUUAACAAGAUUCUCAAACAAGUGUGGCCCAAUGCCAAUCAUUUUGCACGCACUCUAGUCAAAGAGACCAUCGAACCGAAUGUAGCGCUCGCACUUUCCAAUUACAAAAUGAAUGGCUUCCGUUUCGAUCGCAUCAUUUUGGGCACGAUACCACCACGCAUAGGCGGUGUCAAAAUCUACGAUAAGAAUGUCGAUCGCAACGAGAUUAUUAUGGAUUUAGAUUUAUUCUAUGCCAGCGAUUGCGAUAUCAAUUUCUAUUUGGGAGGCGUGAAGGGUGGCAUCAAGGACUUCCAAAUACAUGGCUGGGUGCGUGUAGUCAUGAAACCACUCAUACGUUCCAUGCCACUGGUGGGUGGUCUGCAGAUUUUCUUCCUCAACAAUCCAAAUAUCGAUUUCAAUUUAGUGGGCGUUAUCGAUUUCAUGGAUAUGCCCGGUUUGAGUGAUUUGUUGCGUCGUAUUAUUGUGGAGCAAAUCGGUGCGGUCAUGGUCUUGCCAAAUAAGCUGCCAAUAACUUUGAGUAAUGAGGUGCCAGCGAUUAGUUUGAAAAUGCCAGAACCAGAGGGCAUUCUUCGUAUACAUGUCGUCGAGGCUAAGGAUCUCAUGAAAAAGGAUAUCGGUGUUUUGGGCAAGGGCAAGUCUGAUCCCUAUGCUGUGAUUAAUGUGGGCGCACAAGAGUUCAAAACGCAAAUCAUUGAGAAUAAUGUUAAUCCCAAAUGGGAUUACUGGUGCGAGGCCCCUGCGUUUGCUGACGGCACUUUGGAUCUUAAGGUCGUCUUUCAUCUAUGGGAUUCAGAUAUUCCCGGUAGUCCGAGCGAUGAUUUUCUGGGCAGAGCUACCAUCGAGAUUUCCAAUGUGAUCAAGCGCGGUAUUGUGGAUACGUGGCUAACUUUGGAGGACGCCAAACAUGGACUCUUACAUGUACGCAUGCAAUGGUAUAAACUAACUGCCGAUCCUAAUGAUUUACAAGCGGCGUUAUUGGAAACUCAACAACUGCGCGUAACUUCCAUGAGCACUGCACUGCUGACGGUCUUCAUCGAUUCUGCCAAGAACUUAAAGCAAGCGCGCACAAGCUCCAAACCCGAUCCCUACCUAAUCGCCAUGGUUGGCAAGCAUAAAGAGCAGACUGCAAUGAUUAUGCGUGAUGAUUCACCGGUUUGGGAACAGGGUUUCACUUUCCUGGUGAGCAAUCCGGAAAAUGAAUCGCUUCAAAUACGCGUUGUGGACCAGAAGACCGGCAAUGAUAUUGGCCAGUACACUUACCCGCUAAAUCUAUUGUUACCCAAAAAGAACAUGGAGUUGGUUUCACAGCCUUUCCAACUGCAGAAAUCUGGACCUGAAUCGAAAUUGAUUAUGUCGCUGUCACUGCGCAUACUCAAGCCAGCCGAGAUAAUAGAGGAGACAGAGCUAAAUGCAGGUUCACCAGAUUCAUCAGCUGCGCUAACGCGUUCGAGCUCGCUAAAGACGCCCACACAGGAAAGCGCUAAGGAUCUGCAAUCACAAACUAGUCGCAUUUCGGUUGAAUCACCCAUUGCCGAGGAGCAAGUCACAACAAUGAAUGCCUCACCUGCUGCCACACCCUACUCAGCUGCACUCGAGUCGGGCGAUGCAGUGCUCACACAUCGUAUGCCCGAUUUGACUAGCUCGGCCGGUGAAUACGGUCUCGGUCGCAUACAACUUUCCAUACGCUAUAGCGUACAACGUCAGAAACUCUCCGUUACGGUGCAUAAAAUCAUGUAUCUGCCAUUACGUGAUCCCUCUAGCAUACCGGAUCCCUAUGUUAAACUCUAUCUACUGCCAGGACGUAGCAAAGAAUCGAAACGUAAGACGAUGGUGAUCAAGGACAAUUGCAAUCCCGUUUUUGAGGCGACAUUUGAAUAUCUCAUUUCGACUGCUGAGCUCGCACAAACCGAAUUGGAGGUGACUGUGUGUUCGCAAAAGGGCUUCCUCUAUGGCGGCAGUCCCAUUAUGGGCAUGCUCAAAAUCCCACUUAAUGACCCAGAGAUAUCCAGUAAUGGCGUCAACUCAUGGAUGGAUCUGCAACCGGAGAUAAAGCACGAUUAAGCGCUAAGCUUAACGGAAAUUAUUGCUUUGUAGUGGUGAUAUGACUGCAGUAAGCGAACUUACAGUGCCGGUACCAGGAUACCGUCUAACUGUAAUGCGUUUUAAGUUA